CAUCAACCUAUUCCGUACUCUACAGCCAGGUAACAUCGUUCAAGCAAUCGUUAGGGCGAUGCAUAGGCAAGGUUAUCGAGGGAGGUAUGGGCUAUCAGAGACACGUGACCGCGGUGAGAGCUUUUUUCCAAAUCCUUUGCUUGACUCGGUGGAAGCCCUCAAAAAAAAAUAAUAAGAGAAAAGGCGAACCCGUCAAACAAACUGGUUCCCACUCCAUCUCCUUUUCCUCUCGAAUCACAAUCAUGUCUCUUAGAACCUUCACUUCUCGCUUCGUCCGCGCUUAUACUCCUGCUCGUGUUGCUCCCUUCGCCUUCACGCGUGCUAUCGCAACCAAGAGAUACACCAAGGAGCACGAAUGGAUCUCUGUUGAGGAUAACGUUGGUACCAUUGGUAUCACUGACUACGCUCAGAAGAGCCUUGGCGACGUCGUUUUCGUCGAAAUUCCUUCUCCUGGUCAAGCUAUUGCUAGAAAAGAGCAACUCGGUGCUGUUGAGUCUGUCAAGGCUGCCUCAGAUAUCUACUCCCCCGUCAGUGGUGAUAUCAUCGAAGCCAACGAGACAUUGGAUCAAGAGCCCAGUUUGAUCAACUCCAGCCCUGAGCAAGAUGGUUGGUUGGCCAAGGUCCAACUUAGCGAUCCCUCCGAGCUCGAGUCAUUGCUCGACGAGAGUGCUUACCAGGCACACUGUGAGAGCUCAGAAGACCACUAAACGUGUUCAGCUUUCUCCGUAGCCUUUCAUUUUCAUUUUUGUCUAGUCUUAAAGUUCAGUCCUGUUGCCUAUGUUGAAAAGAAGUAGAUAUUGUUUGCAAUAAACAUACCAUUACCUUUAUCAUCCAUGAA